AUGACUAUGAAACUUGAUUCCCAAAGGGAAGCCCGUGAUAAUGACCAAGGGGAGGGUGACCAGCAAGGUAUUUCGAAUGAAACUCAGCUCGAGCAGCUUGGGCGGCAGCGACCAGCCAUAUUUGCCAACAACCUGAUAGAAAUUGGGUUCUGUUUCUCGUUACUCACUUCAAUGCUUCUGGCAGAGUACUUUAUUAGUGGUUUCAACACGAUCCUUCCGGUUCUGACGGGCGCACUUGACAUGCCACAGGAGGCGAAGACAUGGCCAGCAAGCGUCUUCUCCUUAGUCACAGGCGCGCUGCUAUUGCCAUCUGCUCGCCUCGCUGAUAUAUACGGUGCUCACAUCGUAUUCAAUACAGGGCUAUUGUGGUUCUUCGUGUGGUCCCUUAUUGGUGGCUGUGGUAGAAACUACAUAAUGCUGAUAUUGUGUCGGGCGCUACAAGGAUUGGGACCUGCUGCAUACUUGCCUGCUGGGAUCAUGCUUCUCGGCACAAUAUACAGGCCUGGCCCUCGUAAGAAUUUGGUGUUUAGUAUGUAUGGAGCAUUCUCACCAAUUGGCUUUUACUCGGGCAUCAGUGUUAGCGGUGUGUGUGGACACUAUCUCUCUUGGAGAUGGUACUUCUGGACAGGCGCGAUAAUGCUGUUCGUCGUGUCGAUCAUCUCGAUACUAUCUCUGCCAUCUACCAAAUCACCGAGUCAGUCAAAGAUGGACUGGUGGGGAUGUUCAACCAUUAUUCCAGGCUUGCUAUUGACAGUGUACGCGAUUACGGAUGGAGCCCACGCCCCAAACGGAUGGCGAAACCCCUACAUACUCGUCACCUUCAUCCUGGGUAUCAUCCUUCUAUGUGCAGCAUUCUACGUGGAGGGCUGGAUAGCUACCUCGCCGUUACUUCCAUUUGACUUGUUCAAAGUGAAAUACAUGACACCGCUGAUAGUAUCGUUACUCUUCUCAUACGGCGUGUUCGGGAUCUAUCUUUUCUACGUCAGCUUCUACAUAGAAAACGUUAUAGGCAAGAGCUCCCUGACGACAGCGGUGUGGUUCGCCCCAAUGGCUGCCGGUGGUCUGAUCCUCGCCACUGUUGGGGGUUUUACCCUGCACUUCCUCCCAGGAAAGCUCCUGCUAAUGAUAUCCGGCGCCGGCUACCUUGUAUCCGUUCUGCUAUUUGCGCGUAUUCCCGAAAAUCCAAAUUAUUGGGCCUAUGUCUUCCCCGCAAUGGUUGGAACAACUGUUGGAUGUGAUAUAGCGUACAGCGUCAGCAACAUAUUUAUUACUACUAAUUUGCCUAAGGAUAGACAAGGGGUGGCUGGUGCAGUGAUCAAUAGUACUGUGUUUCUGGGUAUUAGCUUUUUUCUGGGGAUCGCUGACCUCACGGUGUCUGAGACUGCUUAUCUGGGGUUGAAGGGAAGUUAUAAGGCGGCGUUUUGGUUUGGUGUCGCAUGUGCUGUUGUCGCCUUGAUUUUUUUGAGUUUUAUAAAGAUUGGAAAGGCGGAAAGUGAGCUUACUGUGGAGGAAAGGGGGCAGUUGAAGGCUUCUCGUGCAGAUGCUGAGGCGUAG